UCUGCUCCCCACCUUCGUGCAGAACACGGCCCCUUUAUUGCUCGUCUCGCGGCAUCUCCUCACACUUCACACAUCACACCACGCCGCAGUCGUGGACAGUGUAAGUUUCAUUGUCUUCCUGACCGGGCCCUUUGUAGGUCAACGCCAGCUCAAUUUUCAUUGUUAGCUAACUGCUCGCUCAAGUCUGCGAUAAGCUCGGUCGAGUUCCUACCCCGAUGCAUUCUAACCACACCACCCGGCGCCUGCCUUGUGGUAAUUCCAAGCUCAACAUACACAAUGUCCGUCAACCACUAUUGUGCAUCUGGAUUGACGCCGAUCUGGAUCCUGAUGACGAGUUGCUAUCGGAGCGCGGAACCUAUAACCAGUCGAAGGCGGCGACAAGCUCGAUCACGACGAAUCGCCCGUGGACCGAGAUAUCCUGUCCGAGCAAUGCUUUGCCAGCAUGGCAGCCGCUCAAAAGAAGGAUGCCAAGGAUAAUGCCGCUCAGAAGGUUGGGAAUUUGGAGCUCCAGAUCAACAUCGUCAGCAAGGACCCUAGCAGAGGGAUUGACCCGGAAGCCGCUGCAACACUUGCUGAUGAAGCAGCUCGCGCCUCCUACUACGCUCUCUUGCUUCUCUGCCCGCCUCAAGUCCUCGAGCGUAUGGCCCAUCUCGCUCCAGCCGACUUGAAGCUCAAAACGCAGCCAACUAUCGCGAAGCUACAGGAUAUUUGUGAGAAGCAAGUUAUCUUGAUGAAGCGUUUUCUUGCGAAGUCAGUUUGAGGAUACAUGCGAGCUCUUGAGAAGGAGAUAACCUAUUGUCAGGGCCUUCGCAGGUCAACGUCAGAGCCAGGUCU